AUGGUCAUGUUAUCUUCAAAUCCCUUUCCUUCGGAUAUUCGCUCUGACGCUCUGAGUUUUAGUGCCAAUUUACAGCGCAAACUUGGAUGGAAGAAGGGCGAGGUUCUCCCGGUAUUUUCGCCGAAUCCUAUUGAUAUACCCGCCGUAUACUGGGGCUCUCAUUGGGCUGGUGGUGUUGUCUCACGUGCCAACCCGAUAUAUACUGCAGAGAAGCUGCAGUACCAGCUCGCUGAUAGUGGAACAAAGGUACUGGUUGUUCACUCAGCACUAAUAAAGAUUGCAACAGCAGCUGUACAAAACGUUGGAAUUCUAAAAUCGAACGUAUGGGUUGUUGACGCCCAACCCGUGGAAUCAGGACUGCAGCAGCAACCUCGAUCUAUUCUUGAGACUAAGGCAGCUGGGAGUAUAAGUCCAAUGAUCGAUUCUGUCACAGAUACAGCAUUCCUGAUCUACUCCUCGGGAACAACAGGACCACUCAAGGGUGCAAUGGCCACUCAUACCGACGUCGAGGUAAAAUUCAUGAACCAACAAGGAGACGAGCUCCAAGGUGAAGGCGAGCUCUGUCUUCGAGGACCGAAAAUCUUCCUAGGAUAUCGCAAUAACGCCGAAGCCACCAAGGAAUCAAUUACGCUAGAUAGAUGGUUCAUGACUGGUGUUAUGGGAUAUCAAGACGAGGAAGGCAAUCUCUACCUUGCGGAUCGGCUGAGGGAUCUAAUAAAAUCCAAGGGUUUCCAGACUCCUCUAGCGGAGAUGGAAAGUGUCUUGCAUGGACAUCCUCUGGUUCAUGAUGUCGCCGUUCUCUGUCAGAAGAUUGCAUCUGAGGUGCCGGUUGCCUAUGUCGUUCUCAAUGAAGGGACGGAAGGAAAGCAACAGGUUACAGAGGAGCUGGUUGGGUAUGUUGCUACAAAAAUGGCUCCUCAUAAGAGACUUCGUGGAGGUACAACCUGGAUUGAUGAAAUGCCCAAGGGCUCUUCUCAAGCGUGUUCUGAGACCCCGGGCCGAAGGCGUGGACCGAAAGAAAGCAGCUGGUGCUCUGUUUACGAAGAUCGUUCGUCCAAGCCAUGA